AAAAGUGUAUGGGAUGAAACUACACAAGAUGCCCGUGCUCUUGCACACUGAAGUCGCUAACGGCCAUUGCCCUGAGGUAGAAGAAGAAGAAGAAGGGGGCUAAUGGCCAUUCUCCGCGGGACGAAGAAGAAGAAGAAGAAGAAGAUGAAGCGUUCUGACUUCGCUUACGGCACUGCGCUCUGUGGAACGAGUGGAACACUGCACAUUUCCUCCAUAGUCUCGUUCUGAAUCGACAGCUCCAUGGAAUAUGAUGAAGAAAAUGAACGGCUGCCAGACUAUGAACCCGUUGACAACGUGACGGUCACCGACUCUUCCAGUGGCGUCGCGGUCGAGGCGUACGAAUGCGUUGUCUUAUCCAUCAUUCUCAUGAUAGCAGUGUUCCUCAAGAAGGUGCAGCCUACGAUACAUGUGCCGUACACCCUCUUUCUGUUUGUGGCUGGCGUUGGCAUGUCGUACAGAGACAUGUCACAGAAGAACAGGGUGUGCAACGGCCAGUGGAUUCGGCACUCUAAAUUUAAUAUACUAGUAAUGUUCAUCCCAGCAGCCGCUGUGUAUGCAACGCAGGGAGUGAACCAUUUCAUCUUCCGUCGGUGCCACAAGGAAAUCGUGGUUUUUGCGGUUGGCACGCUGGGGAUUAGCACUGUCGUAUGCGCUCUGUACGGCUACAGCUACAUCAACAACGGCUCACUGAAGAGCAGCCUCAUCUUCGCCAUACUGCUCUGUUCCAACGAGCGGCUGCUGAUCGCAGAUCACCUUUUCCAAGAGGGGCGUUAUCCCAUCCUCACAACCAUGCUGCAAGCAGAGUCCAUUCUCAACAAUCUCUUUGUGUGGACGACGCUCGACCAGAUGGAGGCGAAGGGGGUGGAAGGCAUCGCAGCAAUGUUCUAUGACGUGGUGAUGUAUCACGUGUUCGGAGCUUGCGGCGGAAUCCUGAUGGGUGCACUGGCUGUCUGGUCCCUGCGGGUUGGCCCACAAAGUCAGAGCAGUAACAUCCUCAUACUGAUUUCCUUCACCUACAUCACCUUUUGCACUCUUGAGGUUGUUGGCAGCUCAGGUGUAGACGGAGUCGUUGCAUACACACUCGUUACCAGUUCGCACAGUUUCAUCGCAUGUACCGAACUCGAGCAGCUCCUACGCACCUACUGGUCGGUUAUAUACGAUAUAACGGGUUUCGUGUCCGUCUAUACAUCAUCUUUGUACGCGGGCGAGUUGCUCUUCAUGUUCUUCAAGAAGGACGAUGUGGCAACUGCACUGACAGCUUACGGGGUACGCACCUUGGCAAGACUGUUCUCCGUAGUAGCGUUGUUCCCCAUCAUCGAACAGUUCGGGUACCCUGUGUCAUGGAGGCAAGCGGCUGUCACAGUAUGGAUGGGUUUGAAGGGACCAUUCAAUAUCACUAUGGUGACCUACUUGUAUCAUCGACAGGCAUCCACGAAUGUUGACUACGUGAGCAAGGUAAGUGUCCAAUGGUAUUUACCGAAAAUGGAAUGUCACGUAUAUUUCUUUCUGCGAUACAAAUUUCAGACGUUUCUCCCUCUGAUAUGCGACGUGUUCCUCAACCAACUGAUUAACAUCACGUUCAUGGGGUUCGUCUUCCGAUUACUUGGUGUGCUUGAGGUGUCUGAAGUGGAACAGCGCACUAUGGCUAAUGCUGUUAACUACCUACGGCACCAAGUGUUUGUGGCCAGUCAAGUACAGAAGAAUGAUGUGUAUUUCCUUCCAACUGACUGGAAAUGGGUUUUUCGCCGUACGAUGAUCUUGAAUCCCUUCGAGACCUUCAGAAGCGCAUGGGGAAACAUCUUUGCGCCGACAACCCCAGAUGAAAAGGGACAAGGAGAGCAUAGGUCAUCAUCUAUGGCACAGAAGUUUGCUGUCGCGAACGUGCUUCGAAUUGAGCAGGUAAGCUACUCAAGGCAAUACAGGGAGGGAAUGAUACAGAGGAACACCAUGAUGAGUCUCCUAGCAGCUCUUCAGUACCCGUUCGAUAAAAAAGUUUACCUUGACGGCGACACCAUCGAGUCUCUCAUUGACAUUUCGGACUGGAUCAAAUGGAUGAAAGAAACGCUGUCUGUAUCCAGCUUUGGCGAGGACAUGAUGGACGACACCGAAACCCUGCAGGACCAACUCGAAAAAAACUUACAGGAACGUGUCAUAGACUUGUUCGAGCACAAGUACUACGAGCUGGUUAUCACAAGCACGACGGUAACAUUCAUGUUCUGCCUGUCGGCGACGUUGCUCAAUACUCGCAGCUCCGAAGGCGACAAAUUCGAGCAGACACUCGUCGUUGAAGGCGUCUACAUUGCUCUCUUCGGCAUGGAGAUCAUUUCCAUGGUGACGGCCUACGGACAUCGCUUCGUUCGUUUGGACAACUACAGCAAACUUGAUCUAGUACUGGUGGCAACAUGCAUCUUCCACUUUGCGAUUCAGACCAGCAUAUAUUAUUUUGGAGGGGACCUAGCGUGGCAGCCGACGUUAGCCUGCUCUUUCAUUGUCAUCAUGUCAAUUCGUCUUAUCCACGCUAUUAAAUACAUUCAGUUAGUUCAGGCGUGGUUUCUGGACGUUGUUCACCGAUAUCUCGACAAACUGAUCUACUCUGCGUACGAGACAAGCUUGGCACUCAUCACUGGUGAAGAAGAGGUACAGCAGAACGUCUGGAAGUACGUGAACAACCCAGAAUUUGCACUAGAGGCCCGCAAUCGGGCUACUAACAACCGGCUCUUCGUGCUGCGCAACCUGGUCGAGAUUCAAGCGCGCUUUCCAGGCAUUGCCGUUGCCUUCAAGAGCCGACAGGCAGGGCGCACAAUCCUCAACGACGUCUUGAAGCACCUCCUGGAAAUGCAACGAGAUGGAUUGUUCGGAGAAGAUCAAUACCGGGACUUGCACCAGUCGUUAAGGCAACGCAUGAUGAACAUCAUUUCUGCACCAAACAGCAUGCCUGCCAGUUACAAGCCAAUCGCUGUGCUGCGCGUUAUCCCGUGGGUUGGAUCUGAUAGCAUCCGCCAGUUUCUCGCAAUGCAGCUUAGACCAGUAUCUUACUAUGCUGAUGAAGUAAUCGUUCAGCGUGGAAGCGAAAGCCCAAUUAUCAUCGCCUACUCUGGCAUAGUAAAGAUUGAAGGCAAUGUUGAAUGCCGUGUCGACGGAGCCUUGCCCAAUUCUGCGUCAUCACUCUUCUUCUUCAGUGACGAUUACUUUGAGGACUACCUCGGCGCUCCAGUAACCUUGGGAGCUCUUGGAUUGGUCACCGACGAACCCACCCUUACCAGUGUCACGGCAGAAACGCCUGUCAACGCUUACGUGAUACCGAGGCAACGGGUGGUCGAAGCCUUCGAAAUCUUCAAUAAACCGCCUAGUUUUAUGUACCAGCUGUGGUACUACAUCGCCAAUAUUUUCGGCGUUCUCAUUUUACAAUCUCAACCAAAGUACCAGUCUUGGCCCACGGAAAAAAUCAAGGCCCGUCUCAGCUCCUUCUUGCUUCCGGACCUGGCGCGGGCGCACGACUUUGUCGUAAGCCCAGAUAUCGAGGAUAUUCUGCUCGUCCAAGGAACAUUGGUCGACGUCAACGUUGGAGACUUUUACAUUGCACCAUGUUAUAUUCCACGCUCUAUCAAGCGCUUUGUCUUUCCCGGCGAAUACGAGAGUCGACCCCGGCCAGUUCUCAUUGUGAUUGCGAAUAAGCGAUACAAGCUUCCACCGGAGUAUGACUGGUUACGCAAGGUAUAUGGGGAAGACGAAGAGUGGACGGUGUGCUCGUCCGUUCAAAGGCCGACCAAACAACCGGCUAGAGACCACGUAAUGAGAACAAGGCGUAGCGUGUGCUUCGAAACAAUCACUAUGGAUAUGUUCGCUAGUUAACCUUCAAUAGUUCUGGAAGCUUGCCUUUCCAAGCGAAUAAAUGAUGUCAGAUACUAUGUAUAGGAAUGAAACAUGU